AUGUGCGCCACGGUCAGUCCGCAUUGUCCGCGCGCGUAAAACGAGUUUUUAUUAAGAGAUUUUUUUUUUGUUCAUUUAUUUCUUGCGUUUUCCUCAACGCGGCCGAUCGCAUACACGCGUUUGUUCGGAUAGCUCGUCGCGUGUUUUUUUUUUACUUUUCUUUUCCGUCUAUUCCGUUUCGUUAUUACUAUUAUUAUUAUUAUCCCUCCCUCCCGCCUUCCCGCCACGCCCCCCCCCUCACCUUCGUCGAAGUCGCGCGGUUCUCUUGUCGUCGCGGGCCCCGUCUAAAAGACUAGGAGCACGUAAGUGGGGGCGGGGAACAAAAUAAACACCGUCAUCCGUACGCAACAACAACAACAAUAAUAAUAUUACAUCGUUGCACGAUAAUGUUCGGGCGCGCCACUCGAUUUUAUCCUAUCGAACCUCGUAAGCUCUUAAUCGUCAUUCGUUAUCAUUAUACUAUCAAUGUCUGUAACGGACGGUGUGAUGCAUACAGCAUUUAUUAGCGUGAUGUUAGUCACUAAAGUGACGUUUGACCGUGGGUCUACUUUACGAGAGCGUUUGUUACGAUUUCACUAGUCUCGAGUCGGAUUUCAUUUUUACGACACGCGGGUGUGCAAAAUUUAUUUACCGUUUGUUCUGACCUUUUCAAGUUUGAGGUUAACCAAAAUACGUACCAUUCCGGGUUACAGCUUCAUUCUAAUGCGAGAUAACUGUAGCUAACGUCAGUACGUACACCGCAAUGUAACCACCUUCAGAACGUUGUCUGAUAGGACGGUUAGCAGUACGAAAACGUUUUCUCCUAUUACAAGUUUUUUCUUUAUUAUUAUUACAAACGUUAAUUUUCUUUUAAAAAAUUGAAAAUCAUGGAUACCCUAGAUCCUUGGAUUUGUUUGUGUGAAAGCAAAUAAGUCAUUUAUCGGAUGUGUUAUUCAAUCAAGAUUUAGUAACACCCCUCUCAUUUCAAAAGUAAUUAAGCCCAACAUAAUAAGGAAUGAUAAUUGUACAUCAGAAAGAGUCCCAGUUUCCUUUCUCAGCAAAGAGCAAACUGAUCAACUUGGGUCAUUAAUUGAUGAGCUUGAAAAUAUAUUUUCGACACCAGAAGCAGUGCUUGGCCUGUUUCCUGACCUCGAAAUGGAAAUAGUAUUAAAUAACAAAACACCUAUUAAAUGUAAACCAUAUAAGGCGAUUGAGCUUGACAGGGAAUUUAUGAGAAAUCAAGUGGACAUUUGGAACGUGAAGUAUACUGUAUGUCAAAAUCGCCUUAUGCAGCACUUGCAUUUGUUUAUCGAACAGCCAUUCCACAAAUCUACACCAAAGCGUUUAGUAAUAGAUUAUCCUAGAACAAUCAAUCCAGUCACUGUAAAAGAUCCCUUUCUAAUCGACCAAAUGGACUUGAUGCUUAAUAAAGUAGCGAGAUGGAAGUAUAAAUCAUUAGUGGAUGUUAAACAAGAAUUUAGUAAUUUUAAAAUUAAAGAAGAGGAUAUUUAUAAAACAGCGGCAGUGACUACCGAUCAUCACAUCGAGUUUUGCAGAGUAAUUUUUGGUCUGACCAAUGCCCCACCACUAUUGGCAAGAGCCAUUUCUACGGCUUAUGGUCAUUUAAUUGAAUCCGGAUUAACUAAGUAUUAUGAUCAAAACAUUUGA